UCCAACAUUUCCACGCAAACCAUGCGAGACACAAGAGCACCCUUCCCCUUCCUCGUCGCCCUUCUCCUUUUCUCAAUUCUGCCCCUCAUCUUUCCCCCAAAUGGCGGCUACGUCCUCCUCGCCGAGGCAGGAAAGGGGCGAGUCCACAUCACCGACGACCUCGACGACGUUGUGGACGACGAGGAGGACGAUACUUGGAAAGAAUGGGGCAAGAAACCCACACCGGAUUUUGAUGAUCUGCAGCCGGAGAAAUUUUCGGAGAUGGAGUUGCCGAAGAUCCAGGCGGAGAUGAUGAAGCGGCAUUCCGGGCCGGCCAUCGGGUUCAUCAAGCUCCGACUUGGCGUCAAACGGACUAAGGAUAUGGUGGCUGAGAUUGCUACGAAAUGGAGUAAAGUUCUGAGAACUGGAUCUAUUGCGGUGAAGUUUAUGGGUAUUGAUUUGAGCACGGUCAUGGUCACCGUUGAAAGAGGCCAAGACUUAACGGAGUUGAAGGAGUUUGUGUUAAACCAACCUGAGGCAUACGAGCUAAAGAUCGGAGAUCAAUUAUUUCGAAGACCUGGAGAUCCUCCUCUGGAAGAAGUCAUUGAGAUGCUCCAGAAUGAAAGAAAGAAAAGUGAGAAUGAUGGUUCAACAGAGAGCAAUAGGCAAGUGAAAGAGGAACUGUAGUUCUGUACGUCUGUCGAAGUAAAUUUUCUGAAUUGCAUUGGAAUGGCCCCCUUAUGUAACUCACAGCAAAUCAUACCAAAGACUUAUCCAAGUGAAUUAGGUUUCUGAUUUCGGAACUGGUAAUGAACAAGAGAAUUGUUCACGAUUAGGUAGGUCAUAUACAUUCCAUUUUCUAUCUACCAGGGCCAAUGUGAACUUCUCAUGGUAGUUAUAGGUUGGCUUUUCAAUUGACGUUUCUUCAAGAUAAUAUAAGAAUACUUUGAAUA